AUGGCUGACCAAAACGAAUCUAUUGUGAGAAAUUACUAUAAAAUCACCAAACUAGGAGAAAAUAAAUCAGCUUACCGUAGACCCCUCCAUCAAGCAGUCAUAGAAGAACACCCUGAGUUAACAGGCGAGCCUGACUUCAACACACAACACGACACACAUAGAAAUAGGCAAGAUGCACCAUUACCAGCCGCCAAUGAAUUACAUAGCUUCUGGUCUGGUAUUUGGUCUAUACCGGUUCACCACAACACUGAGGCAGAAUGGCUGAAAUCAGAUUCCGAAGUAACUGAUUCCAUCACACCAAUGGCAUUUGAACAAAUACCUCUGGAAGUAUUUGUGCAUAUAUUAAAAAAACCAUAG